AUGGCGGAUACGACUGCUAAGUGGCAGGUUGCGGUUCAUUCUAAUAAUGAGGAUCUGACGGGCUUUCGUGACCGGCUGAGUUUCCGAUUCCUCGGCAUCCGCUAUGCACCCCAGCCCGAACGCUUCACAUAUUCUGUACCUUACACAGGUUCGGGUGGCUCAGUUGAUGCUACUCAGUUCGCCUCUCAGUGCAUGCAGGGUUCGGGAUCAGGCUCAGAGGAUUGUUUGUUCUUAAAUGUCUGGACCUCUUAUCUACCAAAACGAGGAUGCAAGCCUAAAAAGUCCACUUUGAAGCCAGUCAUGUUCUGGAUUCAUGGUGGUGCUUUCACAGGAGGCACAGGCGCGGAUUCAACGUUUGACGGUGGCAAUAUCGUCUCUCGAGGAGAUGUAGUCCUUGUAGCGAUCAACUACAGACUAACCACGCUCGGCUUCCUUGCGCUCGACGAUGGUGUCACUAAUGGUAAUUUUGGCUUUGCUGACCAGAUCAAUGCCUUGGAUUGGGUCCGAGCUCACAUACAAGAUUUCGGUGGUGAUCCUGACAGGAUCACCACUUUGGGUCAAUCCGCUGGAGCAGGCUCUGUUCGUGCGAUGAUGGCGUCUCCUAAAGCAGUGGGAAAGUUUGCCGGUGCCAUACCCCUGAGUAACCUGGGCGGUAUCAACUACGGCACGACCUAUUCAAAGUACUAUACCAUCAAGGAAGAGAUCGAUGUGGCGGCUAAUGCAAUCCUCACCGCCACCAACUGUACAAAGGCUGCGUCUCAAGUCGGCUGUCUCCGCGCUUUGCCUGCUUCCACAAUUCUAAAUGCCGGCACUGUGGCCCGUUUUAUCGUCGUGGAUGGCACUUACAUCACCUCUGACGAGCUUCAGCUCGACGGCCCUAAACUGCCGUUUAACCUAAUGAUGGGUCUUAUGCGUGAUGAUGGUGCUCCGUUCAUCAGCUACCCAACCACAACAAAUGAGUCGGCAUAUCUCUCGUCUGCGGGUUUCAGUAUCCCGCCGCCGGAUUUGUUUCCCAUUCCUGAUGGAGCAAAUCAAACACUAAACCUGUACAACAUGUCAUCGCGCCUUGCUACAGAUGGUAUCUUUAGAUGUAUUGAUCAAGCAACCGUCUACACUGGCCUACAGAAUGGCCGAUUCGGACCUGUAUACUACUAUGAAUUCGACAGAUCAUAUCAAACGCUCGGAUGGCCAGGGACAGAUGUGUGCAACCCACCGAAAACAGCUUCACAUCCAUACGGAGACCCGAGCCUGCCAUAUUUCAAGUGUCAUUCCGGCGAGUUAUACUAUGUUUUCGGAAACUUGGCACGGCAGGAGAGCUGCCACAGUGUGAAGCUAUCGAUUUACCGCUUACUUAUUACGACCUAUCCUCUGAGAUUAUCCUACCCCUUCAGUCAGGUUCUGACAAGCAAAAUGUCGUUCACAGAUGCCACCUCAGCCAUCCUUAUCUGGAUGACAGUCAGCGGCAUGCUGGCUGCCAUCAUGUGGAUUUGGUAUUGGCACCGAUACGGCUUCUGUACCACCGUCCGCACGCGUAUGCAGCGCGAAGUCACGCCGGUGGAGUUGGUGAACAUGAUGGACAUCUUGAACGAACCCGCUCCAGCUCCUCCUCCUGCCGCGCAUAUCAGGCCUGAUGCCCAUCCGAACCGGCACAGCAUGCCCGCCGCGUUCCUGACUGCCCAUGGCAUCGACGACGAUUCGUCUGAUAGCGGCCCUGACGUCCAUCCCAAUCGACACAGUAUGCCUGCUACGUUCUUGACUACCCACGGCAUCGACGAUGAUGCGUCUGGUGGUGUUGCCGCUGGCAGCAGUCCGGAGGCUGGCUCCUCAACACCGGCUGUUCCUCGUGCUCCCGAGUCUGCCGCCGGUCACGUCACCUCCGAGGAGGAGCAGGAGGCGCGGCCACAGUAA